AUGUCUUCGCUACUGGAUGUGGCCAAGGCGAUGAACGCCGAGGCCGCGAGUAACUCAGCAACGUUAUCACUAGUUGAUGUUGCCAAAGCUGAACAUUCAACCAAGCCAAUGACUCUCAUGGACGUGGCUAAACAGGAGACGCAGCCGAAGCAAACACUACAUCAACUAGCACAGGAGAUUGAUACGGAAGACCGAUCAAGGAUCCAAGGAGCGAUUGACUCAACUGCAAAGGAAGUAAAAUUGGAGCGACAAGAACUUCGUUCUCAAGCUCUGAAGCAAACGGCAGUGCAAUUGCGACAGGAGGAGCAACAAGCUGCACAAAUACUGCAAAACAAAGUGGCAGAAACUAGCAAUGUGAAGCGCGACGAUGCAGAUGCCGACAGUGACAAGGAGAGUGACGACGAAGGCUAUUCGAGCUUUGAAGAUGACGUUCCAACAAAAAACAAGAAGCAGAAAGAGAUCGUGGAAUCUGAAGAGGAGGAACCUGCGGAUAAAGAAGAGAGCUACGAGCCUCCUCCACGGACAACUCCGAGGGAGUCUAACGAGAGCAAGGAAUUUAUGCGCGCAGUAUAUCGUGCCGACAAGUACCAAGUCCGAGACAUGCUCAACGAUGAAGUCGUCGACGCCAACAUCGCGGAUCAGCAUGGCUGGAGCGGGUUACAUUGGGCUGCGUCUCAAAAUCACGACGAGAUCUUGAAGUUUCUUCUCCAAAAAGGAGCCGAAGUGAACGCCAUCGACCAGAUCAACGGCUGGACUGCUCUACAUGUAGCCAUCGUGCGCGAGGCCGUCUCCUGUGUCAGUAUCCUCCUGUCAUCAGGUGCCGACCCUCGUAUCCGAGACAAUUACGGCGACACUGUCGUCGAGUGUCUCCAAGCUGCCAGCAGGAAGAACAAGCUCAAAAUGCUGCAACUACUGCAGAAAGCCCGUAGUAACAACCAAUAG